AGCCGGGCAUCCAAGCUGCUGGAGGGAUCGCAGCCCGAGCCGGGGCCGGGGCUGGGGCCAGAGCGGUGCCCGAUAGAGGCCAGCUCGGCCCCCCAGGCCCGAGCCAUGUCGGCCCCUCGCAGCGGCUUCUACCGACAGGAGCUUAACAAGACGCUGUGGGAAGUCCCCGAGCGCUUCCAGAGCCUGAGCCCCGUGGGCUCGGGGGCCUACGGCUCCGUCUGUUCCGCUUAUGACACUCGCACUCGGCAAAAGGUGGCGGUGAAGAAGCUGUCCCGGCCCUUCCAGUCAUUGGUCCAUGCCAGGCGGACAUACCGGGAGCUUCGGCUGCUCAAGCACAUGAAACAUGAAAACGUCAUCGGCCUGCUCGAUGUGUUCACACCAGCCACAUCCAUAGAAAACUUCAAUGAAGUGUACCUCGUGACCACCCUGAUGGGGGCCGACCUGAACAACAUCGUCAGGUGCCAGAAGCUAACGGAUGAACACAUCCAGUUCCUGGCAUAUCAGCUGCUUCGGGGGCUGAAGUACAUCCACUCGGCUGGAAUCAUCCAUAGAGACCUGAAACCCAGUAACCUGGCUGUGAAUGAGGACUGCGAGCUGAGGAUCUUGGACUUUGGGCUGGCCCGCCAGACAGAUGAUGAAAUGACAGGCUACGUGGCCACUCGCUGGUAUCGCGCCCCUGAGAUCAUGCUCAAUUGGAUGCAUUACAACCAGACGGUGGACAUAUGGUCUGUGGGCUGCAUCAUGGCGGAGCUCUUGAAGGGGAAGGCCCUGUUCCCUGGAAAUGACUACAUUGACCAACUCAAACGGAUCAUGGAGGUGGUUGGGACCCCCAGCUCUGAGCUGCUGAAGAAGAUCUCAUCAGAACAUGCCCGGAAAUACAUUGAGUCCCUGCCCCACAUGCCCCAGAAGGACCUGAGAAGCAUCUUCCGAGGAGCCAACCCCCUGGCUGUUGACCUGCUGGAAAAGAUGCUGGUCCUGGACAGUGACCGGAGGGUCAGUGCCACAGAGGCCCUGGCACACCCCUACUUUGCCCAAUACCAUGACCCUGAGGAUGAGCCCGAGGCUGAGCCCUAUGACGAGAGCAUUGAGAACAAAGAGAGAACCGUUGAGGAGUGGAAGGAGCUCACCUAUGAAGAGGUCAUCAGCUUCAAGGCCCCUGAGCUGCCAAUGGACGGCCUGGAGAUUGAGCCAUGAGGAGGCUGGGGGCCACAGGCACCACCCAGGCAGGGCUCAACCCUGAUGCCUGGUUUCACCCAUCCCAGAGGGCAUAGAGCAGACUCUCAGGAAGCUGGCAGCAGGCCCUGCAGCUGGGGGCAACGUCAUUCAUCGGAGUCAGGGGUGGGGGGCUCCUUCCAUGGACAGGAGGACAGUGUAUGGAUAAACAAGGGUGAAGGACUCUAGAGGCUUUUAUGCUGCUACCUCCAAAGGACUCUGCCCUACUCAGGAAUAGAAGUCAUGUGGGUAGGAUGGGGGCAGGCAGGAUACUGGGGUCCCAUGGGUCCCAUGGGCCCCAGGGCACAGCCUCCCUGUCCUAUGCCUACCUCUGGCAGAUUUUCGGAACCCAGGGUUGGGGAGAGGGGCCAGAGAAUGGGUCUUCUCUGUGCUGGAGCCUGGGCCUCACAAGGAAGACCUCUAUCUUCUCUGGCCUGGAGAUGGGGGGUGGGAGUGGGGGAGCUAUGUCUGUGUGUCUGGCUGUGUAUUUGAACAUGUGUGUCUGAACAAGGACAUAUGUAUGGGGAUGAAAACAGACAAGCAGUGAGUGGAGCCAUGCAUGUGGUUUCAGAGUGGGGGGGCACGACAGGCUUGCUGUCCCCUGCCCUGCUCAGGCCUCACCUGGAGCAUCAGGCUCAGGCCUGGGCGGCACAUUUAGGAAGGACAUUGAUGGGUCAGACAAAGCCCGGAGCAGGACACUCGGGACGGUUAAGAGGCCUGAGCCCCGGAGCAGGCGAGGCUCAUUUGGAGGAACUAGGGAGAAGGCCCCCAGUCUGGAGAAGAGAAGGCUUCAGGAGAACCAGAAAGCUGCUGCAUGUAUGUGGAAGGCUGUCAUGAGCCCAGAGGGCAGGGCCAGGAGGCACAGGGAAGCAGAUUCGACUCCUUGGAGGAUGAUCAGAGCUGAUCUAGAGAGACCCUCGGGCUGGUGACUGCCUUGCCUCCCCCAGACAAACACACACAUUCACCCAACUCACACACAGAUACACACACACACACACACACACACACACACACACACACACACACACAGACACACAGACACACAGAUACACACACACAUUCACAUGCACACAGACACACAGAUACACACACAGACACGCACACACACAUGCACACACACAUUCAAUUGCACACACACACAUAGACACACACACGUAGGCAUGUCACAUAUGCACACACAGUCAGAUACAUACAUUCACACAUACAGCACACAUUGCACACAGUCAUGAUACACACACCUCACAUACACACGCAUGCACACCAUACAUAUACACACACCGGGAUACAGGGAAAGCAAGGUGGUGGCUGACAGCAGAAGCCCAGAAGAGGUCGUAGCAAGCGUAGAGCUUUGGGCCAAAUUAAUGAGAUGAAAUAUACCAAGAACAAACAAAAUUCUAAUCUUGGCCUCAAAAAGUCCACUCCACAACCACAAGAGCAGGAGACAGCAAUUGGUCUGAAGAAGAUCUGGGGGUUUCAGUGACUCUCAAGCUCAGUGUGAAGCAACUGUGUAAAAAGCCAUGGAGGAUCUUGGCCUGAGUUCAGAGGGGCCUGCCGGCAUCCUGGAGCAGGGAGGGUAGAGUCCCACUGUUCUCUGCUUUGGUCAGUCCUCCCCUGGGUUCAGUCCUGGGCGCCCAUUCUCAGGAGGGAGGGGGCCUGCAAACCAUGCUGCCCAAAGAUGAUUUGGAAGAACCUGGGAAUGUUGACCCUGGAGGAGACUUGUCAUGAGGACAACCUCCUUCUGCUUGGUCCCAGGGGGCAGAACCAGGAGCAGUGAUUCUGGAAGUCUAUCCAAACAGUUCUGCUGUGGGCAGUAGUGAGAUCCCUGUCACCCCACCAGCUCAGUGACCACUUGUCAAGAAUGUUGCUAUGAUUCUCAUUCAGUUAUGGGUUGGAUUAGAGCUCCCUUCCAGCCCUGAGAGUGAUUCAAGUGCCUUGUGGGUGUGAGGCUUGUGACCCUGGCUAGGCUGGCCCUCAGACUUCUGACAGGGUGGGAAACAGGCAUGCCAUUUUACACUGGGAGUAUCGUUUCUGGCAGCACAGGGAAGAGGCUGUACUUCCCCACCUCCCCAUAGAGUCCCUGGAUAGAACAGUCACUUUCAUAUAUCUGUGCUGAGGGAGAGGGAGCAGGGCCCAGGAAAAUAGGGGUUUGGUGUCCCAGCCUCUUCCUGCCACAAUGAGGUCAUGACCAUUACCCUGGAAUCCAGGGGCUGGGACGACAGCCUGGGCCAAACCAAAACUUAAGAAAGAGAAAGUGCCCAUUUCUCUAGCUUUCCCCAGCCACUGUAUUAGAAAAAUCUGACUCUCUUCCAUUGGGCAAACUGAGGCUCAGAGAAGUGUUCACAUAGCUGAGAAGCGCUGGGUGGGCUUGGAACCCAAGGUUCUUGUUACAUCCGGAUUCUGUUCACUGCCUUUCAGAAGUAGGACGGCUUCUUAGCUGGGUAGCUAGGCCAUGAGUGGACAUUUUCAAAUGGAGGUUAAAUGCUCCUAGGCCGGGAGCACAAAGGAGGAGCAGCAGCCCCAGGCUUCCAGCCUGGGGAGACCUUGAAACAUAUACCCUGUGACUGGGGCUCAGACUCUGGAAGCUAGAGACUUGGGGAAAGGGGAGGACCCAGCUGGGCCAGAGCAGUCUGGGCAGGCUUUCCUGGAAGGCAAGACUGGAGCUUUGAAGGGUUCUAGGAGAGAGUGCCCAAGACUAGCUGACCUGGGGUUCGUGAUAGUGGCCUUAAUAUAAGCCUUAAUGCAUUGAGGGCUGGGAGGGCCCCCACCUCCCUGGCCCAUCUCUCUGCCCCUUAAUGGGGAGGAGAGUAUCUGUAGGACUGUGCAUGGCCAGGACAGAAGUCAGGGCCUGCCGCCCCUGCCAGCCCCACCACCCCCAGCCCUUCUGCCCUGUGCACAUGCUCACUAGGGAGCAAAAACCCUGGAGAGGAACUGGGAUGGGGAGGGGGGUGUGGAGGGCAGGAAAGAGCCUGGGGCAGAAGAGCAACCGAGGAAGGAAUUGCCACCCUAGAGAAAGGGGGAGGGACUGCCCUCACCUAUCCCCUGAUUUUGCCACUAGGAAAGAAGAACUGAGCCAUGCCCACUGGGCAGCCCAGGCCCAGAGAGCACUGCUUGGGAACAUAUGAGCCUCUGUGUGUAUGCAUGAGUGUAAAUGCUCCCCUGAACCGGUCUGGGAAAUGUGUGUUCUUUAGCCCCCUUGCCCUAAUGUCAGAUGACAGGCACGAACCACCCCCACCCCACCACCCAGCCCCUGUUGUCUUUCUGCAGGGUGAGGGCCCCUGGAUCUUGGGCAGGACAUAGAUGUGUGAGGUAUGUGCCAUGUGCCAGCAUCAUACACAUGUCCUGCAGCUUGUCUCGUGUGAGAUUUUAAUGUGUACCUUAUCGCCUUGUGUGCCAGGCUUGAUGCCCUCGGUCCUGGAGUCAUCUUACAACAAGGUCAGUUGACAAAAUGAACUCUGGGACGGGCAGUGGGGCCAGAAGGGCUGGAGCCUGGUGGGCAUGGGGCCUAGGCCUGCCCCAAAGGAUCCUGUUACAGUAAGGGGAUCCUAGGAGCUGGAACUGGGCCUCCCCUCCCCCCACAGCCCCGUGCCCAUCGGUCAGUCGAUCAGCAGGCAUGACAUAGCCAGCUGCAUUAGGAGAGGCCAUAGUGUCCGGGAAGGGAAAGCUGUGCCAGUCCCUCCAGCCUCUGGCCUGGUUGGGCCACAUGGACAGGACAGCAUAAAUGUCCAGUUCAGGCCAUUUCAGGAAGGAAGCAGAGAAGGUGGAGGGUGAUCGGCAAGGAGCCAGGGCCCGGAAGGCGGGGCGUGUGAGGAUCUGUUGGAGGGACGAGUUAUGGUUAGCCCACAGGAGGGAAGGCUUGGGAGCGACAUGAUAUUGUAGCUUGUUUUCAAGUCUUGCAGGGCUAUCAGGUACAGGAAGGAUUAGUCUGUUCUGCUUGACCCCGAAGGCAGAGCAGGGAGGAGUCAUUGGGGAAAGUGACCAGGGACAGGUCCAUGGAAGGCCGCACCUCCUCAUACUAACUCCAGUUUUGUGAAAUUUGUAUUUACAAUCAAACAAAUGGACUUUGUGUAUAUUUUGUAUUCCAUGUAUACCUGAGGGUGCCCUCCAUAGAGUGUAAGCUCCGUGAUGGCAGGGACCCUUUUAGUCUUGUCUUUGUACCCUCAGUGCCUGGCACAUAGUAGGUGUUCAAUAAAUGCUUGUUGAUUGGUCA